UGUGUUUUAAUACAUGAGAAUGAGUUUUAUCUAAAACGAAGUAUUCAGGAUAUGUUACAAAGCAUCAUGGCAAAAACUUACAAUAAGUUUAAUGGACGAUAGCAGGAUUAUACCGACACAUCAAAACAUCUUUAUUGGAAAGUCAGUUAAAGGAAAGUGACUUUUAUAGGUCAAAAUACUUUAGCUCACUCAAAGGUAUCCUGUCAGCUACAUAACUGAACUAGACAAGGUUUUAUUUGAUAGCCUGUUUUAUCCGUAUAUUUAUGCUCUUAUCAAAGGAAAGAUAUUGUAAAUUCUACACUUACAACUACAUAAAGAACAUUAUCGACCGUCGUUAUCCUGGACUGAGGCCGAGGAACUCCACGUAAUACCUCAACUGUGUUUGGCAAGCAUAUGGAAUAUUGAACUCUUGGAAUUUUUAUCGACUAUUUUGUGCGGGCACAUAUAUAUGGAUGUUUACGAAGCAAGGACACCUUUUAAAGACACCUUCUAUCGUUACUUAGGGAGAUAUUACAGACAUGCGCAUGUAUACGCGGUCUGGAUACUGCAGGACAGAAGACCCAAAUGAUGAUGUUCCAGUUAAUACCAACACGAUAAGACGGGUCCAGUCAGCCUCAGCCUCUUCUGGAAAUAACCGGAUGUUACUCCGAAGACGUGGCCGAACGCGGCCACUUGGCCUGGUCCUGUUGGAUAGCCGUUUGGAGACUCAGGUCGAAAAGGCUGUGUUCCAAACCAAUCUCCGUUUACUCACACAGAUGGUUGGUUCGCAGAAAAAUCAGGUGUUCGCUCGCCCAAAUACCCCCGUUCAUGAGCACGAAUCACCUUCUUUACAAAGCAAGGAAUACCAGAUUAUAAACAAUGCAACAACUUCCUGUUAUCACAACAAAAUUCGUGACCGGGUGGUCAGUGCUGGAGGGGAGCGUCGGGCGGGUUCCGGUUCCCGUUUUGGUUCGGUCCCACUGUGUUCUAGACAAUCAAACACAGGUGAUGAUCUACACAAGUGUCAACAUAAGUCACAUUGUGAUGUCCUAGGGUCAUAUUUCUGUACAGACUGUACGCAGAUUCGUAAAAGAAGCAAAAGUGCUCAGCAACAAACCAAAAACUUCCCGAACAUCGAAGUUCAUCCGCGGUCAUUGGUAGCUCCAGAGAAACUCGAUAAACUGUUAAUAAAAAUCCCACAAAUGCACGAAGUGAAGGUUUCGGACAAAAAACGUCCAAGUGUGGGUAACGGAAAUCGCUUUGUAUUCACCGGAAAUGACAUUUAUUCCAGACUCCGGGAGACACACAAACUGUAUGGGCGUCGUGUGUUUGGGCAGAAAGUGAAUCCAGUACCGAAAACCGCGGGCUUGUUACCCAAUAACUUAUUUGAUAACCACCGAAGCAGGCGAAGGUCGUCAACGCUUGCUCCUCAGAAAACACUACUAGCCGUUCCUAAAGCUAACACACACAUGAUUCGCUUCGACAUCCCAAGUUCGCGGUGACCUUGAAGAUCAAGUCCAGAAAAUCUGUUUGCUCGAAAUUACUUUUCCGUUUAUUUUCUAGUGCAUCACCGGGUCUUAAUGGUCCAGACACCCAAGUUCCGACAACGAUGAAAAACAACAUAUUCAGAUUUGGAAAAAAAAUAUUGGUAAAUGACACAUAAAGACUUGAUUGUAUGGAUGACGAGUCGGGUGCGUAAUAAGACUACAUGUCAUAUAUUCACAAAACGCAACACACCGGCAAAGUAGUUUGGAUACAGUGAUAUAAUAUGAAGUAACUUUUAGGGAACUGAUAAAUUACGUACAUUUUUCCUUGAUCAAAAACUUUUUUGUGUGGAGCGAAAAUAACUGAGAUUUUACUGACGUGACGUCACUUCCGGUAACACAUUUCUGAUCUGCUGCAAACAAUUGCACUCACGUAAUAUCCACUGCAUAUUUCUACGCAUAGGUAUUGGACGGCUCCAAUAUGUAGCAGUUAUAUAACUGGAGCACAGGGACUUGAGAAUUUAAAAGCUACAUUAAUUGUAUGUACAGGGACUUGAGAAUUUAAAAGC